GGGAAAGCAGGACAGUCUCCUUAGAUCCAAACAAGAAGCCAUUGACCUAAGGCCACGCUGCCUUCCUCUGCACUGGAAGAGAGCUCAUCAGUUUCUCUAUGUUUAAACUGUUGUCACAAGUCACUGGUUUUCUCAUUUUUACAUCACAGUGUGAGUCUGGGGGCCUUAGUAAGGCUCAGCUGUCACCCCGGGGGAGACACCAGGCAGAGGCUGGACCCUGGGCACCUUCAGGGUGAUUCUGAAGAAAGAGAACAAAGGAAAGCCACUAAGAGCUCAGACUCCACAAGGGGCUUGGGCGUGGCUGGGUCUGCCUCAGAUGUGUGGCCUGAGGUCACAGGUCAUUGGACCCUCUGGGCUUACUUUUCUUUUUUGUAAACUGGACAGAAAUCUGACUUGAACUCACAAAGCCGAGAUACACAAGUAGGAUGCCAAUGAGUAUUCCCAGGGCACAGAACACUGAGGCCUGGCCAUUUAGCCCUUCACAUCCUUCUAGAGCCCCAGUGGACUCUAAGCUGGUCUUUAUGCUCAAGGAACCUUGUAGGCUCCUUGUGACAGAGUCUGUUGGCUUUGGCCUAAUUUUCUCAGUUAUCUCCCAGCAGCCUCCUCCCUUAACCUGAUUGCUCGCUGAGCUUACAAACGUGUCGAGCUCUUUUGCCCUUCUAGAAUGUACCUUCUGUUUGCACCUUGACAGUCGGUAUUCCUUCCCCUAGAAUCCAGCCCUCUACCCUCUCUGGUUGUAAAUACCCCUUCCCCCAAUGCUGGUCAGCUUUUUUAUAAAACUUAUUUCAAACCUUGGCUUCUUCUUCUUCUCAUUAUUAUUUCCCUUUAACCAAAAAUGCCUUUAUUGUGGUGAAAUUAUAAAUAGACGUAUCACAGAGAUUAAAGAAGUUGCUCAAACACUGCCCGAUCCCAACCUGUACAUCUCAGCGAGCGUCUACGUGGUUUGAAGGUGGCUAUUCUGAAGUCGUGGAGCUUCACUUGGGGUUUUACACAGUUACUACCAAUUACACUUUUGAUGCCCUUUCCACCACAAGAAAAAGAAAAGAAAAACAUGGCAGUCAAAAUUAGAAAAUCAGGUAGCGGGUUGGGGACUUAGCUCAGUGGUAGAGCGCUUGCCUAGCAAGCGCAAGGCCCUGGGUUCGGUCCCCAGCUCUGAAAAAAAAAAAAAAAAGAAAAUAAGGUAGCUUCAUCUUCUCUUCCAUGAGGAUUAUAUUUCAGUUUGACACCUCUCUCUCUCUCUCUCUCUCUCUCUCUCUCUCUCUCUCUCUCUCUCUCUUGUUGCUUUUUUCUUUUCUGGGAUCCUGGGCAUUGAACUUAGGGCCUUGAGCAUGCCAGGCUUGAGCUCUACCACUGAGAUAUUUCACCACGCUGAGCUGUCAAUCUUUCUGACUCAGCCAACUGGAUGCUGGCAUGGCGGGCUUGUACCAUGGGCUUCAGAAGCUUUAGCAUUUCCUGGAUACAGCUUGUGUUUCUGACUCCCCAGAUGGGUGUCACAGGGCUGGAACCUGGGACACAGAACCAUAUACUCACUAGAUGGUCCCAUCAUCCCUGCUCUGUCUGGUCCCGGCUGGGUCCUAGGCCUCAGGAAUUGCCAGGCCUCGACUGCAGCCUAUAAGGUGCAACACCAUUCUCACGACUCCCAUAUGCUUCAAUACCUCAUACUGAUGUAAGGGCCCAGUCAGUCCCUGCAGAGAGGCCUCUGCCCUGCUGCUCCAUCCACAGACCAAGUUUAUAAACACAACAGGGGACCAAGGGACCAUUCAUGUCACUUACUAUGAAAGUAGAGAAAUGGAGCCCCUGAAAGGAAUAGAGGCAGGCAGACUGGGUACUGACUACAUGAUCCUAUGCUAAGGUCAAGGCCGCCUCGCCAUCUGACACUUCCUAGAACAGUCAUGGGAGAAGUAACACCUCCAUGUCUGCUCCCCAGUCAGUGGUACCCAGAAAAUAAUUUGUUUUGUGAAGAGCCAGUGGAGAAGUACACAAGAUAGACCAGAGUCCAUCAGUACAGAGUGAGGAAGAGAAAGCCCCAGGCAAGUGACAAAGAGGAGAGAUUGCUAAUAUUAGGAAGAUCAGUGUUCUGGCCUCACUUUACAGGUUAGGUGCUGGGUGACCUUGGACAAGUCUGCCCUUGCCUGUUUAUUAAAAAGGAGGGAAGAUUUUAAUGAGUUCUCAUACAGUCCAUGGGGUGGAGCUGGGAUUUGGACAUGAGGUGGCUGAUGGUUCUUUCCCUUAACUCUGUCUGCCCUGGAAAGACCUCAUUUAAACAGAGGGCCACAGCCAGCUAGCCACACUGGCCACACCUAGAGUAAGUAAGGAUGAACUGGGGUGUGUGUCCCGUGGCUAACAUUGUGCUUGGUGGCUGACAGGGGCUUCCUCUAGUUUGGAUGAAGGCCCCCAGGUAGGCUUCAUUUGGGGGUGUCGGAAAUGUCAACUUUCUCAAGAAAAAGCAAUGGGCAAGGACUCCCUGAACCAGAGUGUAGAGGCCAGAGAGUGGUUUCCCUGGAUCUCACUGUAGGGACCAUUUGGGGACAUUAGUUUCCUCUCUGCACAGACAAGGGAACUCUGUUAUCUAAGGGCACAUGCACAUUGUCAGGCUAGCGCUGUGGGAGACACAUCUGACUCUCAGCCCCUGGGUGUCUGUCUCUAGUACAGCUGUCCACAGCUGGCUCUGGACUCUUGGAAGAUGGAGAGUCAUCUGCAUCCCUUAUCUUGUCCACUGUGCUGAGCCUGACAGCCUGACAGCAAGAGGGAGGCUGAGGAAGCACAGCUCGAGGUGGCUUCUGGUGGCGUCUCAGUGCAAGAACUCGUACCAGCUCCCUGUUAUACACAUGUCAGAGAUCAAUUGGAGAACCCAGUGUCAAGCUUUCACAGGGAGGGAAGGCUGGUGCAGAACUAAGGGUGCGAGUUUAUCCUCUGCCACGGGAUCUCUAAUCCCCACAUUCGUACAGAAAAGGCAAAUAGGAAUUUUGUUUGUCCACAGCCCAUAAACCCAGCGAAAUCAUCCUACUAUGCCAGGUUCAGUGAUGCCUGCCUGUAGUCCCUGCACCCUGGAGGCAGAGGCCAGAGAACAGCAAACCUGGGCUACAAGCAAAUCCUGUGGCACCAAACCCAAAAUAAACGCCAACCCUCCCCUCAACCUGACCUCGUCUUCCUCUCUCCUAUAAGGCCUCCUUAGAGGAAGCACCCAUCCCCACCCUUCCUGGUGUCCCAGGGUCCCCAAGCUGUAUCUGUCCCACGGCUGAGUCUGUUUGGCCUGUGAGCAAGCCUGGCCUUGCUUGGAUGGGUGUGAAGCCAACACUGCAGCAGACGGGCAGCGCAAGGGAGCCAAGGUUUAUUACUGUGGGGCAUCCAGCCUAGACAACCUUCUGUUCCACCACUGUCACAGGUGGGUUUGUCACUCCGACCUGGCCACUUGGUGCUUUCCUCUUACCAUUCCGAACUUAGUUUCAGAAAGCCUCCAGACCUCUAGCCUCCUCAGACUCCACCACUACCUGCUCCAGAUGAGAACUUUGACUGAACCUGUAGCACUGAAUUCUGUCAAUGACAUACGGGAUCCACCUGUCUCUGUGUUCUUCACCACAUCAGUGGAGGGGAUUGCAGACACGCUCUCCUGUGCUCAGCUCUUACAUGGCACUGGGGAUCCAGCUCCUCAUGCUUGCAUGGUGCCUGGCUCUGUUCUGAAGUUGUCCAUCAAGUGUCUUAGCCUCUUUGGGGCCUCCUUAUCCAUUUGGCAACAAGGGAACAGACCAGAGGCUCUCUACAGAGUUUAGUGACCACCAAUUCUAUAGCAAAACUGCCCUGCAGCUCUAAAGUCAUUAAGACGGCACUGCCCAUUUGCUGCUGUGAGAAGUUAGAGGCUUGAGCGCCACUGACAGGCUGACUUUAUAGGAGACUGUUCCAGAACCUCCAAGGACGGCAAGAGCAAUGGAUGCAUAGCUAUCCCCAGAUAUAUGGGCUUCAGCACCUCUUCCACAGUGGGCCGCAGGGAGACAGGGCAGGCAGAAGCCUUCAGAUUUAUCUGCCAUCAACUGCCUGCGUGACCUCAACCAAGUCACUCCCUUCUCUGAACCGUUUUUAUUUGAGAGAAAGGAGGGCGCUGGGUAGAGGGAAAAAUGCCAGCUGUAUAUUAUACAAAACUGUUUGCUUAUGAAAACCAAACCAAAAACCCUGGCACUGGUGUUCCAGGAUCUCCCAGAAAACUUGGCACAUGGUUCCGUCGGUGGGAGCUGCUUUCCAGAAUUGUUGCCACGUUUGGAGAAAAUACCAAUUUGUGUUUCCUGGGAUGAGAACAGCAAAAGAGGAAAUUUAAGAAGAUGCAACAACUCCGCUGACUGGUUCAUUGUGGGAGAGCUCAGCUAAACUCCUGUCAGAUAUUUUUAUCAAUGCACUCACCAAUCAAAACUAUUGCCACAGGUUCAUGGUGACCUGGGCCGCGGCUGCCAAGCUUUCACCUUCCAGAUGUGAAGCAGCUGCUGCCGGGACUUUUCUUCAGGAAGACGUGACUAGUCUCUCUCUUCUUUAAGUCACAUUUGAGAACAUUUUUUCCCCUAACUAUUUAGAGCAUCUCUCUUUAUCACCCAGGCCAUCUGAACCUGUUUUAAAUUCUCUCAGAGCAAAACUGAAAUUUAUACCUGUCUCGGGUUCCAGCCCGAGAGACUGAGAAAAAAAUAAAACCUUCGGCCUCAUUUCUCUCUGGGUAGACACCAGAGACAACAUCUGUGUUGUUCAGGCAGACUGGUUCGCUGGAGAAGGAGCCAGUGAUGUUGCUGGGAAGUCUGGUUUCUAGCCAAGAUCUGACAUUGACCCAACUCUCACCCAGAGGUGACACAUCUCUGCCGCCCUGUCGCAGUCUGAUUUCUACAGUCAUGGGAGAGGGCACAGACACAACUCCCUGCAGGGUCAUUUCCACUCUUACGCUGUAAAGGCUUCAUCAGAAGAGAGGAAGCUGGCGGCCAUGCUGGAGAAGCCACGAGGCAGCUCUAACAUCACCGAAGAGGAAGGAGCCGUGCUCCACAUGCCAGCAUCACCUACCCUGGACAGCGGCCAAGGGGACAAGUCCAAGGUAAAGGCCAGGCUAGCAUCUUCCCACCCAGAUGGAGGGAGAGGAAAGUUAGGUCAGAAGAGAAUUGGAAUCCAGUGUGGAGCAGAGGGGAACGUGUCACUUAUAUCUCCUGAACUGAGUCCUUACUGAGGCCACUGCCACUCCUCUGGGCUCAUAGAUAUGGUUAAGAAGACCUCAGAGACUGCCAGGCAGUGGUGGCUCACACCUUUAAUCCCAGCACUUGGGGAGGCAGGCGGAUCUCUGUGAGUUCAAAGUCAGCCCGGUCUACAGAGUAAGUACCAGGGCCACACAGAAAAACCCUAUCUUGAAAAACUAGAGAGGGAGGGAGACAGAGAGAGAGAGAGAGAGAGAGAGAGAGAGAGAGAGAGAGAGAGAGAGAACAUCAACACACACACACACACACAUAUGCACGCACACGCACGCAUGCACACUUACUUCAUUCACUCUUACCCAGUGACUGUUGCCUUCAGAAAACCCCAGCUUGAAGAUUCCUCUUCAGGAAGUACGUAGACUGGAUGGGCCAGGAACUAUGUAUAAAGGAUGGAUCUGUCCACAUAGCUAUGCCCAGAAUGUCCCUUCCUCCAUGGCAGCAGGAACUAGCAGAAAGCCUAGCUAUGUCCUUAAAGAAAUGACUUGAGUUCUUUAUGGGCGUCUGAGCAAUUGACCAGGAGCUUCUAUUUUCUCUCAGACAGAUGCCAUCUACCCUCUGACCUUGAACUCUUGGUUUGGUUUUUGACUGCUACUUUUCUUUCUUUAGAACCAAAGGAUGUAGGGUUAGAAAGCUGUUCUGAAGUUGUCAGUCUAACGCCUAAAUCUCUGGUCAUUCUGUCUAAGAGGACCACACUAUUACAUACAUAUUAUUCAAAGAAAGUGGCUAAGUUUCAAGCCUACCUUUUGCAUUAUGAGAUAAGCUGAUUGAAAUACUUUUUCCCUCCAUGGAACUGAAUUUCAGGCCCCUGAGGCUGCUGCUAAUAGGCCCAGAUAUUUGCAAAUGUUGUUCUUUUCCACUAAAUAGGACCAGUAUUUUCAAUCAUUGCUGUUAGGUUUUCCAUAAACAUUACAGUCUUCAUUGUGUGAUAACAUUUCAUUUCAUUCUCAUUUGGAGAACUGCUUCCAUGCAAGUGUGAGAGCUGAGUUUAGAUCCCCAGCAACCCUGUACAAAGCCAUGCAGUGCAUGUGCCUCUAACCCCUGCACUGGGGAGGUGGAGAGAAGGAGACCUUUGGAGGUUGCUGGCCAGCCAGUGUAGCCUAAGUGGUGAGCUCUAGGUUCUCUAGGUUUAGUGACAGACUAGGCCUCAAAAACUAAGGUGGAGAGCAAUUGCAGAAGCUUCCCACCAUUAACCUAUGGUCUCUUUGCACAAACACACACACACACACACACACACACACACACACACACACACACACCACCCCAUCACACACAAAGAAAAUGUUGGGAUAACAGUGAAUGCUGGGUGAAAAAAAAACAAAACAAACCAAUGUGUACUCUACUCAAAGCCUUCAAGCAUCCCCCGUUGUUCUGAUUUCCAUAUUUGUCCUGAUUUCCUAAUUCUACCUGCUGACACCCAGCUCUGACACACUAUGGAAGGCUAUUAUGGGUUGAGCAAAGGGUCACUUCCUCAAUGCUUGGUCAUGGGCUAGUGGUGCUGUUUUAGGAGGAGGGGUCUUGUUGGAGAAAGCAGGUGAUGAGGAGGGUGCCUUAGAGAUUGCACAUGGCCCGCUGUCCUAUCUCCUGCGCUUCCAGUCCUCCAGGGGGUAAGGAGCUCAAGACUUUGCUCCCACCACCAUGUCACCCUAUUUAAGCACAAAGAUCUCAGCAGUGAUGGGCUGGCACCUUGAGACUGCAAGCCCUAACAAACUACCUGAGUCCUUUUUGAUCAGCUAUGAAAGAGCUCAUGCAACAGCAGAACCGUGACAGACCAGAGGACUCCUAAUCUACCUGCUGUCCUACAGCCUCAGCCUCCCAAGCAUUGAGUUUUCAGGCCAGUGCCACAUACUCCAUCUACUCGUUCCAUACCUACCUAUAAUUCCUGGUGAGUAAUACUUGAUCUUGUUCAUAGAGCCCAGUUCACAAGCCCACUGUGAUGGCUGCUCUUAUGUCAACUUGACAGGCAAACUAGAGCUACCUGAGAAGAGGGAACCUCAAAUGAGAAGGUGCCUCCAUAGGAUCCAACUGUAAGGCAUUUUUAAAAUUAGUGAUUGAUAGGAGAGGACCCAGCCUAUUGUGGGUGGCACCAUCCCUGGGCUGGUGGUCCUGGGUUCUAUAAGAAAGCAGGCUAAGCAAGCCACAGGGAGCAAACCGGUAAGCAGCACCCCUCCAUGGCCUCUGCAUCAGCUCCUGCCUCCAGAUUCCUCUCCUGUUUGCUUUCCUGUCCCUACUUUCUUUGUUGAUGAACAGCAAUACAAAGUGUAAGCUGAAUAAACCCCUUCCUACCCAACUUACUUACUCAUGAUGUUUUGUUAAAGCAAUGGAAACCCGAAGACACCCACACAAUUCUUUAUCAUCAACUUCUCAGAGCUAGACCAUUCUGUGCUAAAAUUGCUCUCUAAAGACAGUGGGGCCAUGCUUGGGCUCCACUUCCUCUUCUGGCAUACCUACAGUUCCUUCUGCCUUUCUCCUGGUGGCCAUGGCCCAUGACUGCUUUGUGAUUCUCUGCUAUGCAUAUGACCCCACAAACCAACACUGCAGUGGAAGCCAUGCCCAGAACCUCAUCCUCCCCUUGCCCACUCUGGAAUUCUCAGAUUCCCAAGUAUAUGGUUAACGUCACCUACACCUACCACUGCUUCUGUGACCAUUUAGCUCUGCCCUGAGUCUCCUGCUUAGGAACUUUCCAGAACCUCAUGAGCCUUGUAUCACCAUGACGGUUCUUUCUCCUCCUCCUGGUGUUGCUCUCGAAUGUCUGAAUCCCAGCCUUGGUGACUGCAUCAGUUCCAGUCCAGGGUGUUUGAAAAUCUUCUCCACCUGCACCUACCACCUUCCAGUAGUGGGCAUUUUUUUUAAAUAGUUGAGCUGUUGAGUGUCCCUGAAAAGCCCAUGUAUUAAAGACUUGAUCCUCAGGGCGAUGCUUCUGAAAGACGUAAUUGGUCCAAUCACGUGAGAGAACAUGAUUCUGUCAUGUUGAAGUCAGGUACUCUUUGAUCCAGUAUAAUAGAACUUUUUCAACUUAUCAGAUGUUCACAAAACACACCAGUUAAAACAUUGGGCAGGCUCUGAAGUCAUGAGCAUUUGCUGAUCUUCUAGAGGAUCCUGGUUUGGUUCUUGUUGCCCAUGAUGAGCAGCAUAACCAACUAUAAUGUAACUUUGGCUCCAGGGGAUAUGACAUCUCUGGCCUCCAUGGACACCUGCACUCUCAUGAACAUACACACAAUUAUAAUGAUUUUAAAUGAAGUAAUUACAUACUUCAAGCAUGGACCAGUCUUACAGUGUUUCAUAAAAGAAAUAAGACUCAGAAUGAUGUGUGCUUGUUAGCUUUAUGUUACUAUAACAAAAACUGGAGGUAAGUAACUUACUAAGAGGAAGGCCUUAGUUUUACUUAACAGUACUUGGAAAUUGAUUCCAUAAUGGGUUCACUCAAUUGCUCUGGGUCUGCAACAACACUUAAGGUCACGGGAAGAGAAAAUUGUUCACUUUAAAUAAGGCCAGGAGCUGAAAAGAAAAGAGUAGCUGUGGUGGUUUGAAUGAGAGUGGCACCCACAGAUUUGAAUACUUGGUCACCAGGGAGUGACAUCAUUUGAAAGGAUUAGGAGGUGUGGCUUUGUUGGAGGAAGUGUGUCACUGGGGGUGGGCUUCAAGGUUUCAAAAAGCCCAUGUCAAGCCCAGAGUCUUUGCUCUUCCUGUUGCCUGUGGAUCCAGAUGUAGAACUCUCAACUCUGUCCCCAGCACCAUGUCUGCUUGUGUGCUGCCAUGUUUUUUGCUAUGCUGAUAAUGGACUAAGCUUCUGAAUAUCAGUUUCAAUUAAAUGUUUUCCCUAAAAGAGUUGCCUUGACCAUGGUGUCUUUUUAUAGCAAUAGAAUAGUGUCUAAGACAGGAGCCUAGUGUGACAAUACACUCUUGUAAUCAUAGAAUUUGGAAGGUAAAGAAUGGGGGGGUCAGGAAUUCAAGGUCAUCCUCAGUUCUAGGAUACCCUGGACUAUGUGAAACCCCAUCUCAGAAAGAAGGAGGGAGGGUGGUCGAUUCCUCUGUCUCCUAUGUGAGAUACGUGUCGACCCGGGAUCCCGCUAAGACCCGGGAUCUCGUUAAUAAAGCUACCUCGUGCUUUUACAUCAAGAAUGGCUACUCAUGAUUCCUGGGGGCACCCCACCCCGCGAUCGGAGCGAGAGACGCAGUUCCCCGUUUUGGGGUACGCUCUUUCAUUUGGGGGCUUGUCCGGGAUCGGAGCGUGACCCCCCGGAACCCCGAAUGCCACUUGGAGUUGUUACUAAAAGCCUAGUGUCAUUUGGAAGCUGGUUCUCUUGAGAGGCAAAGCCAUGGAGCUGACACUGAAGAGAGAUACUCCUUGAGGGAAAAUCUAAGCUUGUGCUUAUUUGUACAAUGGCCUUUUUGGUCCAAGAAGGCCUCCUGGUUUAGCUGUGUGACUAAAUGCUGUUUGCCCUCUUCACGAGAUUCUCUUGUUUUCUCACCAUCCCGUUUGAGAUGCUUGUUAGUAACUGUUAGAGGUCUUCUUUACCACUGAGGAAAGGCGGGAUCCUACUAGAGGCCAGAAAGAAUGUUCCAGACAUGGGUGGAAGGCCCUCACUCCUGACUGUUGACUUCAAUACCCCUGAAGGACUUAAACUGUGAUAAUAGAGUGUCCCAAAAGAUGGGACCACUGCCAUGGACUAGAUUCUCCACCGGUUGGGGACAAUUUGGUCACCUUGCUGCCCAAUCCGGACCUGGAGCCACAGCAUGAGUGUCAAGCACUGGCAGAAGCCCAUGGGUGGAGGAAAGACCUCUGCAACUGGCUGAUUGACCGCUGCUGAAAGCCGAGGCUACCUUGUCUACAGACGGGAACAGUUCUCUUCAUGAAGGUCAGAGAUAAGUGGGUGCUGUCAUGGUGGACAACACAAUGUCAUCUGGGAUGGCUGAACCUCAACCCCCCAGCACAUCAGUGCUGCAGAUGCCUUUGCCAUCUCUUGGAUGCCCUGGUGAAGCCAACAACUGUGAGUACUAUUCAUUGCUCAGGAUAUCAGGAGGGAAGAGAUUCAGUGGCAUUGGACAAUAACAAAGCAGAUAAAGUGGCUUGGGAAAUGGCUAUGCAGGAGCCUAUCCUGGUUACAGGCCUGCAAGAGACAGCCACUGGGAACUGGGAUUGGACUAAGGGAUGGCCUCACUUAGAAUGUACAACAGAAGAAAAGGCCCAAAUUGCUUAAAUGAAAUAAAAAAAAAGACAAUGGCACACUUGAGGGGAAAGCUAUACUCCCCGGGGGGGGGGGGGGACUCACUUUGCCAAAUACAGAUAUGGACUCACUUAGAUAAAAAGUUUGUCCAAAUAGUUAAGGUGUAUGUAAUAGACUUUAAGAUUUUAGCCAGAGAGACAGUAAAAAGUAUAAGGUAUGUCAAUAAGUGAAUGCUUAGCAAGCAAACAGAGCAAAGAGACCUAGAGAGUUUAGUGAAAAGUCGAAGUGAACUUCACUGAGAUAAAACCAGAAAAAUAUAAUCACAAGUAUCUCCUAGUGCUUGUAGAUACUUUUUCAGGAAUAGAUAGAAGCUUUCCUCACCAAACGAGAGAUGGCCUCUGCAAUCAUCAAGAAGAUACUGGAAGAAAUCUUCCCCAGGUCUGGAAUGCCCAAGGUAAUCUGGUCAAAAAAAUGGCCCUACUUUCGUUGUCAAGGUAAGCCAGGGUGUGGCCAAGUAUUUAGAGGUCGAUUGGAAAUUACAUUGUAUUUACAGACCUCAAAGUUCAGGACAGGUAGAGUAAAUAAAACUCUAAGAGAGACCCUGACCAAAUUAAAUUAACCAUGGAGACUGGCGCAGACUGGGUGACACUCCUUCCCUCUUGCUCUCUUCAGAGCAAGAAAUACCCCUUCCAGAUUCAGCCUUACCCCCUUUGAGAUCUUAUAUGGGGCCUCAGCUCCCCUGACUGUAUUAGAUGAUGUUACUGAACCAACAUGUCAUAGUGCUAUAGUAAUAAUGAUUUGUGUGCCAGGCUAAAAGACCUACAGGUGAUACAGAAAGAAAUCUGCUCACAGCUGACAGCAGCCUAUGCCCCGUAGACCCCUGAGACAUCCCAUCAGUUCCAGGUCGGAGAUUGCAGAUACACUGAGCCCAGACACUCGAGCCUCGCUGGAAAGGAUUGUACCUGGUGCUGCUGACCACCCUGACAGCCAUCAAUUCUCAGCCCUCACCAGCUGUGUACUAGCUGUUGGGGCUGAGAGCUAGGACCUAGAGGGAAAUUCAGUCAUGUUUGUCCUGGGUUCUAUCAAGAUAGGUGUGGGAUAGGCUUGAUUUCCAUUACAAAUGAUGUAACAUUGCAUAUGUUAGUACUCCUAACACUUCUUGGGACUGUGCCUCAGGGAUCACAAUCUGUAUAAGUUUAGAAGUUCUAAAAGCUAGUCAUGACCUUGGUGUGUAGGCUUAGAUAGUGUCCAGAUUGGAAUCCUGAUGCUAAAGACUUAGUAAAAAAAAAAAGAGUUGAGAAUUACUUAAGGCUAUCUAGGUGCUACAAGGGCAGCACAAGGACAUCUGCCCUUGCCCUGCAAUGCAAGGCUUAUAGAGAAUUCAGAACUGCCAUUGACUCAGAUAUAAAAAGAGUGAAAGACUUUUUAGCUGACCUCCAAGAAUACCUAACCUCCCUCUCAGAAGUAGUCCUUCAGAAUAGAAGAUUAGACCUGAUAUUCCUUAAAGGAGUCUGUGUGCUACACUGAAAGAAGAAUGUUGCUUCUAUGUAGACCAUUCAGGAGUAAUUAAAGACUCCAUGAAUAAACUUAGAGAAAGGUUAGACAAAAGACAGAGAGACAGAGAAGCACAUCAGGGAUGGUUCGAGAGCUGGUUUAGUAGAUCUCCUUGGAUGACUACUCUGAUAUCUUCCCUUCUUAGUUUUGCUUCUGCUUCUGAUUAUAGGUCCAUGUGUGUUAAAGAAACUAGUUAAUAGGUUUGACUCCUACAAAAAGAUAGAGACGCUCAACAAGGUUGGUUUGAGUCUUGGUUCACUCGGUCUUCCUGGAUGACUACCCUACUUUCUGCUAUAUAGCUGGGCCAUUACUAGUAAUUUUCUUGGUUUUAGUUUUUGGACCCUGCGGGACAAACAGGUUAAUUGCUUUUGUUAAAAAUCGAGUGGGUGCUGUGCGGUUGAUGCUUCUGAGACAACAGUACCAGUCAGUUAGGACAACUGGUGAGACCAAAUACGAGACUUGAUAUCAAAAUUCUAAGAUUAGAAUUACUUAGUAGAAGAAGAGGGGAAUGAAAGGAAAAUUAUACAGAUUUAAGGUUUAAAAAUAUGAAGUUAAAAGAAAAUUCAGACUCAGGACUAAACACUGUGAAAAGCAAGUCCAGGCAGCCCCGCCCUGCCGCUAGGACUAACAGACCAUAAAGAUAAAGAAAAGGAAUGCAGGAACCAUCCCGAGUUAUCAGGACUGACUCAAACCAUCUGGCAGAAGGGCACCUCCCCCAGCUUACUCAGAGUCACACCUUAACCAGAUGUCCUUCAAACCCUGAUACGCCCCUAGCUCCUAAAAUCCUGUACGCUCCAGUCAAUACUUACUCUCCUGCUGUGCUGUAAUCUCACUGCUAUGUUUAAAUGAGUCAAUCACUUAUAGCCACGCCAGAAAUUAGCCAAUCGUGUGUAACCACGCCAAACCCCCUAGCUUUCCCUAUAUAAACUCCUGACUUUUGAGUUUCAAAAAAAAAAAAAAAAAAAAAAAGAGAAGGAGGGAGGGUAAAGGAGAAGGCAGAGGAAGAGACCAAGGACAGAUCUCUAAAUCCUCUCAUUAAGGCUCUAAUUCUUAAGGUUUCCCACAAUCUUUGAUGGUUCUAGGCAGAGGAACAAGCCUAAAACAUACAGGUUUCAGGGCCCUGUACUCCAGAUCUAAACUACAGCCAUAUACUGUGUUUUAGUCAGGGUUCUAAAGAAACAGAACUGACAGAAUGAAUAUUACAUACGUGCACACUGUAUGUGAGUGUGUGUCUGUGUCUCUCUCUGUGUGUUUAUAAUUAAACUGGCUUAAAGGCUGCGGUCCCAGUAGUCCAACCAUGGCUAUCUUACAUCACUGUGAUAUGUGACUGCAUUAUUUAUUCUAUGUCAGACAUCCCAUCUCUGUGAUAAAUGCCUGAGGGGAAUAGUUUAAAGGCAGGAAGAUCUAUUUCAAUUCACAAUUUCAGACGUUUAUGACCAGCUGGCUCCAUUGUAAUGAGACUAUUGUGUGGUGGACCAUCAUGGUGGCAGGGGAACAGACAAAUUGGAGCAAAGCUGCUCAGCCUAAGGAAGCCAGGAAGCAGAGAGUGACUGCGGGCUGACAGGUACGCCCUUCACAUGGUGCCUGCAAAAGCACAGCUCCAGCCAGUUCCCACCUCUCCUUUCCACACCUUCCUAGCAAAGCCUCUGAAACUGUUAGUCAGGAAGAGACUUUUCCUCUUGUAAACUGAUUUGCUCGGGUGUUUUUCAGUAAUGGGAAUCUGGCUAAAACGCUCAUCAGUCAUUUUGAAGCUGCAAGGCUUUGCUCGAUUACAAGGAUGAUGUCAGUAGUGAUUCUGUUUCUUUAGUAUGUAUUCUCCAUAGCAGAUGAAAAUAUCAGAUUUUCUCAUAUCGCGUUUUCUCUUUUUACUUCAAAUAGUAUGGUUCACUUUAAUUUUUACUCUCUCCUUUGUUUCUCCAUAAAAUGCUCCCAGAUUUGUAUCUAGGAAAAUCUUGCUUCUCCUUUGAAACCUCUAUUACUUCAAACACUUUCUUUGGUUUUGAGAAACAUAUGCUUUAAACGACUUGUUCGCUGUUUCUGAGGGUUUGGGGUGUUUUGGUUUUUUCUGCGGGGGUUGGGGGAGCUUGUUUUUUUUGUUUGUUUUGUUGCUGGUAUGUUUUUGUUUGGUUUUUGAGAUGACGACUUUCUGGUUGUCCAGAACUCAUGGUGCUCCUGGCUCAGCUCAUAAGUAGCUGUGACCACACAUGUGUGUACCAUCAGGGUUGAAUGGUAUCAUCAAAGUAAUAAAACCUCAGUCAUUAGAUGCUGCACUCACAAAUGUGGGCACUGGACAAGGCAGUCCUAAACAAUUGAUGGAUCAAAGAGAAAAUCACAAAGAAAUUAGAGACUAUUUUAAUAAGAAUGAAAAUGAGAACAGUCUGCCAAAACUCAUGGGAUACAGAGAAAGACAUGCUUACACUCAAAUGAGGAAAAAACUCAAAUGGCUUGACUUUUAACUAGAAGAAACUCAGUCACAAAGAACACACAUGGUAUAUACUCAUGGAUAAGUAGAUAUUAAGCAAAGAGCUUGGAAUACCCAUGAUACAAUUCACAGAUCACAUGAAGCUCACAGGAAGGAGGACCAAAGAGUGGAUGCUUCAGUCCUACUUAGAAGGGGACAAAAUAAUCAAAUAGAGGGUGAGAGGGACUUGGGAGGAAUAGAGGAGGGGGAAGAGAUGGGGGAGAUGUACAGAGGGUCAGGAAACUGAACAGAGGUGUGUGGCAAUGAGGGAUGGGAAAUUGGGGGUAGCAACCAGAAAGUACCAGAUGGCAGGAAGGCAAGAGCCUCCCAGGACCCCACAGGGAUGACAUUAAUUGAAAUUUCCCAUAAAGGGGAGGGAGAACCUGCCAACACCAUAUCCAGAGGUUAGGCAUGGCUCCCAGUUAAGGGAUAGGGCCACCCACCCAUCUCAAAAAUCUCCAAAAUUUUAGCCCAGACUCUCUCCUGUCUAAAGGAAAUACAGGGACAAGGAGUGGAGCAGAGACUGAAGGAAAGGCCAUCCAGAGACUGCCCUACCUGGGUCCAUCCUACAUGCAGAUGCCAAACCCAGACACUAUUGCUGAUGGCAAGAAGUGCUUGCUGACAGGAACCUCCUGAGAGGCUCUGCCAAUACAGAUCCUGACCAAUCCAGACCAAUCCAGAUGUGGAUGUUCAAAGCCAACCAUCAAACUGAUCACAGGCACCCCAAUGGAGGAGUUAGGGGAAGGACUGAAGGAGCUGAAGGGGUCUUAUCUAGUAUCAAUGGGAGGAGAGGCCGUUGGUCCUUAUGAAGGCUUGAUGCCUCAGUGUAGAGGAAUGCUAGGGUGGUGAGGAGGAAGUGGGUGGGUGGGUGAGUACCCUCAUAGAAGCAGGGCAAGGGGGGAUGGGAUAGAGGGUUUGCAGAGGGGAGACCAGGAGAGGGGAUAACAUUUGCUAUGUAAAUAAUUAAAAAUAUUCAAUUAAAAAAAGAAAUUAGAAAGGCAGAGCAAACUAAACUCAAAUAUACAAUAAUCAACACAUCAUAAAAAUUAGAGCAGGAAUACAUGAAACAGAGAAUGAAAACAAAGCUUAGGAGGGCUCUUUGGAUACAUCAACGUUUAGUUAGACUAACCAAGAAAAAAAAAAAAAAGAAAGAGUGUUACAAUAAAAAGUGAAACAGAGGCAUUACUAUUGAGUCUAUAAAAAUAAAUAAGAAAUGUGUACCAUUGUUCAGUGUCUGAAAUAAGACUGGAUUUAUCAUUAUUUGUGGCCAUUAGUCUUAAAGACAAGUUGCUACAAUCUAGACUCUCCCAAGAAGAGAGAAAUCUUGUAGCUCAGUUUGGCAUGUGGGUAUAUCUGUAGGGGAUUGUCUGGACGAACAACUUCAGGAGACUAACUGGACUGGCACAUAGCUCCCUGAAGCUGCUUAAUUAACUUCCUGUCUCCCAAACCUCACAUAUAAAUCCCAAGUGUAGCCCUUUCCCUUGGCAGACACCCUUUUCCACUGUGUCUGCCCCUUGAUGUUUGAAGUAAACACUGUAGUCUGUUGGAGUCAGUCUCUCGGCUAUUCUGCCUUCUUUAAGCUCCUUCAAAAUCUAAAAACAGUCAGUGUUAAGAUGUUGGCUUUUUUUAAAAAAUAUCAUUCUAAUGUUUUUACUAUUUUAUGAAAGACAGAAUAAAAUAAGGAGCAUUUAAAGGACAGUAUAAACCUUUGUUUUUGUUUAUUUGUUUUCUACUUACAAUUGCUGCCUUCCUGUGGGUCUUCUAGUCUGUGCUAUUUUUCUAGUUUCAGUAAAUCAUACCAAAGAGCCUCCAGUUCUUGGUGGCUUUCUACUGCUUACUAAGGAUCUUUGUGGUAGUGUCUGAGAAACAAGAAACAGAGUGAGAGAAUCAUCAGUCUGGUAAAUCUGUGGAAUUAUUUUUAACUUGUGGGUAACUAAAACUCUCCUGAAAUAGGGCUCAGUAUUUACCUUCGUGACACUAAAACAAAUAGCUGUGUGCAUGAAUUUAUCUCAAAUCCAAGAAUCUCUGUUCAUGGAAGCAUGAGCUGCUAUGUAUGGAAUAAGGCAAUGUUUGCAGUUCCUGCUUAUUCAGUGUGAAUGGUACAUGCAAGUGCACAGGUAUGUUUGCCUGUGCCUGAGCAUAUAGAGAUCCAAUGUCCUUUUCUGGUCUAUACAGGGACCAGGCAUGCAUGAGGUAUAUACAUACAUGCAGGCAAAACUCCCCAUGUGUAUAAGAUUAAAAUGAAUGUCUUUAAAAAUAAAUUAUAAGUUUUUUAAAAAGUAUGGCAGGGGAGAAGAGUCUAAAUCAGCAGGGCACAGAUUUAACAUGAAGAGGAAGAAACAACAUUCUAAUCAUGCAAGGAAAUGAGACGAUCAACAGAGUUACAGGAGCCAGGCAAAUCUUUCUUACAGAGGUUUCAGUAAUAAUGCUUAAUGCAAAGAAUCUUAACACUGUGGUGGGAAAACGCAAACUAGGAGAUUGAAUUUAAAAGAAAAGACUUGUUCAUUGUCCAGAAGAAACACACCUCACUAGCAAAGACACACAGAGAAAGGGAAAGGAUAUAGCCAACAGACCAAAUGAAUAGAAGCCAUCUGGUUUUCUAUAAGAGGGCCAGAAAAACACAUGAGAAAAACACUUCCUAUUCAACAAAUGGUGGAGGAAAAAUGUGGUGUUCAUAUCUCAAAGAAUGGGACUAGAUUCCUACCUCUCAUUUUAUACAAAACUCAAUUUAAAAAGAAUGGAAGAAUUCAGUGGAAUUCAGAGAUCCUGAAGCCACUAGAGAAAAAACUUCAAGGUCCAGGAAUAAUUUGCUUAUCUUUCUGAAAAAGAUUCUAAUAUCGAGAAGUAACAGCAAGAAUUGUCAAGUGAGACUGCAUGUGACGACAGAAAAGGGAAGUGUUGGUGGAGCAAAGAGGUUUCAGAAUGGGAGAGAUUUCCGCCAGCUGUGCAUACAGCUGUAGUCAAUAGCUAGCAUCUGUAAAUGAUUAAAGAAUCAAAUAUCUCCAAUAAUCCAAUAAAAAUAAAUGAAUUUAUUGGUCAGACAGUUCUCAGAAGCAGAAAUACAGAUGAAAAUGGGUUCACAUCCCUAGCUAUCAAGGAGAUGCAGAGCAAACAGCCUGGGGAGCCCAUCCAUCUCACCUGUCAGAACAUCAUCCAGAAGCCAACAAGAUGUUUCAUCCUGCAAAAGUGAUUGCCAUAUAAGUCCACCACCCAGGCUCGACCCCCGAAACAUGGGGGAGGAGAGAACCAAUACACGCGAUGGCACGCACACACACACACACACACACACACACACACACACGCACGCACGCACACGCAUACACACACACGAACACACACACGCACGCACACACACGUGCGCGCGCACACACGCGUGCACACACACCACACACUAAAAAUGAGAAGAAAUCAAACAAAAAAGUGCUGGUAAGAACUCUGGGAAAGGAACCCUUGUACAUUGAAGGUAGGAAUGGAAAUUAGUGCAGCUAAUAUAGUAAUUAGUAAGGAGGUUCCUGAAAAUAUAAACUAAAAAUAGAACCACCAUACAGUCUACUUUUGCUGUGUACCCAAAGCAAUCUGAAUCCCACACCAUGGAGACAACGGUGUGUGCGUGCUUAUAGAAGCACUAUGUGCAAAAGCUAAAAUAUGGGAUUGUCCUAGAUGUCCAUAAGCCGACGAGAAAAUGUGGUACACACACACUGAAGUUUUAUGUGACAAUAAAUAACAAAUGAAAUCACACAGUUUAAGGAAAAUGGAUGAAGCUUCCAUGGCGGCGCAUGCCUUAAAUCCCAGCACUUGGGAGGCAGAGGCAGGUGGAUCUCUUGAGUUUGAGGCUAGCCUGAUCCACAGAGUGAGUUCCAGGACAGCCAGGAUAAUGUAGAGAGACCCUGUUUCAAAAAACACUCAAAACCAAGCAUCACCACCAAAAGGAAAAUGGGUGAAGAUGGAGUUUGUCAGGUUAAGUAAAACAAGCCAGACUCAAAUAAGUAUAUUUUAUCAUAUAUAAAAAUUAUAUGUAAAUGCCAUGAAAGUCAAAAGGGGACUGGUUGGCUGGGUAGAGGAGGAGCAGUAAGUGGGAGAGUCGCUGAGAACAAAGGGAAGACAUGGCUCACAUGUAUGCAUUCUCCCUUUCGUGCAGAAUCAUAUCUACAUGUGCCAUGAAAGCAGAGAAGGGACAUUUGGAGGAAGGAGAGCGGCCAGUGAAAGGGGACACAGCAGAGGGUAAUGGGUGGCUAUGAGCAGAGAAUAAUGACACACAUGUGUGAGGUUACGCGAUGCAACUAGUUAUUUUGUAUGAUAACUAAAAAUUAUCUAAUAAAAACUUAAAAUAUGUAUAAAAAAGCUUCCAAGCCUUACUACAAGCCAAAGCAUGUUAUAUGAUAUGUUCAAAUUGAUCUGAUUUAUGCUAAAAGAAAGACAAGGGGCACAAAAAUGCCUAGAAAAGUGUGGAAAAAAGGGACUGGGAAAGAGGGAGUUUUCACGUGACAAAGCUCCACACUGAUUAGUCUACAAUGAGGGCAAUUUGAAAGGAUGGCUCAUCAGUUAAGAGCACUGGAUGUGCUUCUGUGUGGCCUUAGCUUCUAUUCCCAUCACCACACGGUGUCUCACAACUCUACAUGACUCUAGUUCUAAGGAAUCCAGUGUAAAAGUCAUGAAAUCGUUGAUUUAUAGACUCAGUGAGCUCAGGUCUCAGCUAUAGAAGACAGAGUUGCUGGCCCAGAGAGCCUUGGUCCAAACCCUGACCUCAGCGCUCUGUACUUUUGCAGAGUCUUCUGUAGUUCUGCCGUCCAUCUUUAGGGGCUUGGACCAUGAGACUGCCAUGACAGCCUGCAUGCAUGAUUCCUCUUCUGUAGUUCUGCUAUCUGUCUUUAGGGGCUUAGGCCAUGAGACAACCAUCGCCAACUCCCUCCUUUGGGCCAGACAGUCUUGAUGUCUUCCCUGGUGGUUAUGGAAUUGAGAUGGGAAAUUAAGAAUGUAACUGUUUCAGGCGAUGGAGUCUGGAACCCACGAGGCUUGUUAAUGAUAUCCAUUUUCAUUAUCAGCAGACCUCAGAGCCAGGAUUCCUGCUUUACUCCACAAAGUUGUUGUCUGACUGCCAGCUCUGUGGUCCCAAGAGCCAGCUUGAAGGAUGAGUCCCAGAGGGCCUGACUCCAGGGAGGCGAUGAUGCUUUAAUGAGCCAUGGUUCAAUUCCUCUUUGGCUCUUUCUACCAACUCCAGGUGGGAUGCCUCUAUAGAUCACUGGAUAGACCGGAUCUGACAGGUAAGAUGGCUGUGGAUGGAGGACCCAGAAGCAGGCAAAGGCUAGGGUGAAAGAUAAGGUCCAGGGCACUGGGAACUUGUAGGGCCAUAGUGCAGUCUGAGGUCACCCACCUUAGGGGAGAUGUCCUGGUUCCUGGAGUCACAUAAGCUGUGUACCUGGUCUGCAUGACUGACCCUGCAUCAGACAUCGUGGUAGGCCAAUCAGAGAUUGUAGGAGACUGAAGGUCUGGGAGAAGGACUUGCCAAGAGGCAAAGCCUAUGACACUAGAGACCUGGAGUUACUUAACAGAGACACCCUUCAACAUUCAGAGUCAAGGUAGGGAAACUUCAGGUCAGAGAGGGGGAGGCUUAGGUAUGGAGACAAGAUAGAAACCAGGUCUAUGCUGGAAGCUAAUAUACUUACAUUCCAAGCCUCACACACGCCUACCUUUUCUGUGGGAAUAGCGCAAUCAGCCUUGUGAGAGCUUGUGUGGAGUUUCAGGUUACAGAGAAGUGCAAUGCCCCAGAAUUAAGCUUGCCAUUGGGGCUUAAAAAUGGAACCUGGCUUGGGAAAUGUUCUGUCAGUAAAGUGCUUGCAGCAUAAGUAUGAGGACUUGAAUUCAGAUGCCCGGCAGCCACAUAAAAACAGGGAAUGGUAGCAGCCAGGCACUCAGCUACAACCCCUGUGCUAGAGGAAGGGCAGGAGGUGACAGCUGGGUCCCCAGAACUCCCUGGGCAGCCAGGGCAGCUGAACAGUGAGCUCCAGAUUCAGUGAGAGACCCUUCCUCAGAAACAUGAGGAGAGUGACUGAGGGCCUCUGGCCACAGACAGACAGACAGACAGACAGACAGACAGACACACACACACACACACACACACACACUAACUGGGACAGUUCUUGAUAUCUAUUUUUAGGGGUGUGGGCCAUGAGACAGCCACCCCUAAACCUCCUUUUCAGCCAGAUGCACAGAGGACCUCGAAAAUAUGUAUUGGAUUAGAGGAGAUGGUCUUUUUUAUAAAGUCCUAUUUUACAGAUGUGCAGAUGAGCUCAGAGGCCCAAACACAGCAAUCAAGGCAGAAGGCUGGUCCAGCAGGCAGGACUCUUGCUUGCCAGAAGGAAGUAUGGGGACUUCAUGACCCAAGCAGAGCUGGAGAAAUCUUCUCGGAGGAGGGAACGUCUGAGAGAGGAUCACAGAAGUACGGGCAAGAGGAGGAGCUUACGGGUAGCCAAAACAAGGAGCUGGGACAUUUGGGGUUCAAGACCCAUCUCUGCAAGGAGUUUGCUGGCUUCUCUAUUUCUGGCCUUGAGCCUCGACACCAUCCUGUCUCACUGUUUAACAGAUGAAGCAGAGGAGGGGAAGAGGAUGCAAUUGGAUUUGAUGGCUUUGAACUUCUGUCCUUCGAGUCCCAGUUCGAUCCAAGCCCAUGGCAUUCAAUGCACAAUGACUUCUUUGACCUUUCUAGACAUUCAGGGAAAUGAAGUUUGUAUGUCUUCGUAGUUAGGUAAUGAGGUGGUGGGCACCGGCAGGUUGGGUCAUCGUGAGUUAAUUCUCUGCUGUUUGUUUUUCUGCUCUGUUGGUGGAGGGUCAGAUAAACAUGUCACCAGCCUUCACUGUUAAUGGAGAUGCAGGCACAUCUUCACUUCACAUUUAAGAGAUUGACAAACGUCCUCUGAGGUGCCAACGAGGUGGCACUGUCAGCCACAGAAAUAGAAAAAGUGAGGCAAAGCCUUACCCCAUCCCUUCUCUCACGACACCUGGGCUUCCGGACACCCUAAGGAAAGCAAGACAAAACACAGGGUUGGUGGGGAGGGCUCCAGGCUCUGUCCUAACUCUGUGGCUGACUAUUGGUGUCCAUUGGAAUCAGGCCUGAUCUAUAUUCAAGUUCUUAAUUUCAAAUAUUGGACACUUUAGUUCUGGGGUAUUUUUAAAAAUAGAUUCCAAUUUUCUGCUGGAAUUCUCUAGUCAUUUCACAGCAUUUUCCGCUAUAGAAUGUGAACCUUCAUACUAAUGUCCUUAUUUACUCACUUAGGGAUCUAGACUUUUAAAGUUAACUGAUUUAUUUUUACAUGUUACUUCUGUUUUGUAGUAUUGGGAAUUGAAUCCAGGGCCUUGUACAAUGUGAAUGCUCUACCAUGAGGCUACCCCUCCCCAACCUUAGAUCAUUUGUAUAUCAUUUACAGUAUAUUUCCCCCUUUGGUCAUAUUCUCCCAACUUUGCAUAUCUAAUAACGUUCAUUGUGGGCUGAACACUAAUAACAAUAGAUGUAUUGGACACUGUGGAUAACCAGUCUCACCAGACACACUUCCCAUUUUUCUCUCAGGCAGGUAGAGUCAGGUACUGAGCACUUCAGGCCAAUUGGUCUUGGAAUUAGGUUUCUGGUCGCUUCGGUCGCAGUAAGAGUCUAACCUUCCCUGGGUUAUAGUUCUUUAUCACCUCAGUGCUGACAGACUGUGGGAGAUUUGCUCCAUCUUGGAGGGUAUGGGUAGGGUUCUUAGCUGUCCCUCCCACCCACCUACAAAUCCUGCUCUCCCAUAUAAACACAACUUCAAAUCUUUGGGAAAUGUUAAGAGAAGAGCAGUGUACAUGUGAGGCAAGCCCUCUCCUGUGGCCUUUUAAGUACCAAUGGUUCCUGGGAGAUCUUAGUGAAGCUUAGCCACCCCCCCACCCCCCCGUCCAGGCUUCUUAGCAGAGACCCAGAAUCCAGAUGACUUAUGGAAACACUAGUUAUACAAUCAGAGUGGUUUAACUGUCUAAUCCACGUUGUAAGCCUCUUUGGAUUGACAAAAGCUUACUGCUUUCUCUCAUAUCAAAGUUCCCUGCCUAGUUCAAGCCAGCACCAUGAUGGUCACCAAAUCAAAUAGGUGACUCUGAGGGAGAAACAAAAAGAGCCAGUGAUUGCACUUCCACUCUGGAAGGUCCCCCGGCCUGGGGAAGUCCAGUUCCUUCCACCCUUUCAGCAUCUGUGCUUCUUUAUUUGAUUUUUAGAAUGUGGUGGUGCAUGCUGGUAGUAAUCUCAACACUUAGUAAACUGAGACAGGAAGAUCAGGAGUUCAAGAUCAGCCUCAGCUACAUGAUGAAUGCAAAGCCAGGCUAGCCUACAUGAGACCGUAUUCAAUGAAAUGAUGAUUUAUGUCACUUAUCCAGGAUUUCCUAGUUGUGACAGUGGGGUGCUGGUCUACCAUGGUCUACAGUACCUUACUAAGGAGCAAAGGCUCAGUAUGCCCAGCUUGCAUGAAGUCUAAGAGUCCCAGGUCAAGGAGCACAAAGAAGGAGGCCUGAUGAAUGUGUGAACUGCAAUACGCUAUCGAGAACCUUGUCCCUGCAAAGCCGUGUGCUGGAACUCUAGAUGUUCCAGCCACCCAUGACCCAGACCUCAGGUUCUGUUCUACUAUGGAGACUACAACCUGCAAUGGGUCAGUAGAUGGCUCUACUGUCUUCUACCUGGUGGGCAUUCCCUCCCUGCCAGAGCCCUUCUACCUCCCUGUCUUCUUUCUUUUCCUUCUGUUCUACCUUCUCAUCCUCAUGGGGAACACCCUGAUCCUGGUGGCUGUGGUGGCCGAGCCCAGCCUCCACAAGCCCAUGUACUUUUUCCUAAUCAACCUCUCAGCUCUAGACAUCCUCUUCACCACCACCACUGUCCCGAAGAUGCUGUCCCUACUCCUGCUGGGAGACCGCUUCCUCAGCUUCCCUUCCUGCUUAUUGCAGAUGUAUCUAUUCCAGAGCUUUACAUGCUCAGAAGCUUUCAUCCUGGUGGUCAUGGCCUAUGACCGCUAUGUGGCUAUCUGCCGCCCUCUGCACUACCCCGUCCACAUGACCCCACAGACAAACACUGCACUGGCAGCCAGUGCCUGGAUCACCGCCCUCCUCCUGCCUGUUCCAGCAGUAGUAAAGACCUCUCAGAUGGUAUAUAAUGACGUCGCCUACAUCUACCACUGCUUCUGUGACCACCUGGCUCUGGUCCAGUCCUCUUGUUCUGACACCACUCCCCAGACACUCAUGGGCUUCUGCAUUGCCAUGGUGGUGUCCUUCCUCCCCCUCCUCCUGGUGCUCCUCUCCUAUGUGCGAAUCCUGAUCUCAGUGCUUCGGAUCAACUCCAAGGAAGGGCGUUCCAAAGCCUUCUCCACCUGCAGCUCCCACCUCCUGGUGGUGGGCACCUACUACUCAUCCAUUGCCAUAGCCUAUGUGGCCUACAGGGCUGAUCUGCCUCUGGACUUCCACAUCAUGGGGAAUGUGGUCUAUUCGAUUCUCACACCAAUCCUCAACCCUCUUAUCUAUACUUUGAGGAACAAAGAUGUCAAAGCGGCCAUUACCAAAAUUGUUUAUCUCAAAAGUGUGAUGUGAAUAUUUGACCUCUCAAUGUAGCUAACUCUGCCUCCAGGAUUCCAACUAGCUAUGUUUAACUCAGAGAAAAACACUUGGAGUGGUCCAGCGCUCAGAGUAGAAACUCAGUAAAUACUACAAAAUGGCCAAAUUAAUGAAUGUAAUGUUGUAUAAUAAAAAAUUCACUCAAGCGAACAGGCUUCUCUUCAAUCUUCAUAACUUGGUUCAUGGCUUUUCCUCUGUGCAGUGAGAUAAUGUUAACCUUUAUGUUUUAUAAGAAUCUAAGCUUGUCUAAAAAUUUCACUACUGGAUAAUUCAAAAACAUUUACUAAAGAAAAAAAUUUCAAGCCAAUAAAGAAAAAAAUUCUGUAUAA